AUGACAUCGGUAUUGUUGGACCCACUUGUUGAUGAUGGAGCUUGUCCAAUUGUCACCUACAGGGGACAGAACAGGGAUGGAGAGUUGGAUGCAGCAUGCAACACCGGAAAGUACGACAUCAUAAACAUAGCAUUUUUGAACACCUUCGGCAAUGGACAAACUUCAAACAUAGAACUCUCGGGGCAUUCUGAAGAAGCCAAGGAGGUCGCAGACCACCUCUGGACCAACUACCUCAGUGGCCAAACUGGUUCGGCAAGCCUGCUCGGAGAUGUGGUCUUGGACGGCUUUGAUUUUGACAUCGAAAAUGGUGCAGACUUGCACUGGGAUGUGCUUCUAAAAGAGCUCUACGCAUACAGCCAACAAAAGAAGUUCUACUUAUCAGCAGCACCGCAAAGUCCAAUCCCAGAUUACUACUUUAACACUGCCAUCAACACUGGGCUGUUCGAUUACAUUUGGACCACCGACUUCACCGCCACCAAGUUCUAUGUCGGCCUCCCGGCGUCUCCCGAAGCAAAUGGCGGUGCUGGUGUUAUGUCCCAAUUGGUGUGCUCAACGAUGAGAUUCUUCCGAAUGUUUCUACCUCUGCCAAGUUUGGUGGGGCGAUAUUAUGGAGCAGGUACUAUUAUUAUAUCAGGGUACAGCGAUCAGAUCGUGUGUACUACCCCUAAAGCUUUUAACGUCGUACGCGCGCCGUUGGUUGCCAUGAUGAAAUCUGCCUCGGAGGUUCUCUCUGUCGUCUUUUAUCGUAGUUCUAGUGUGACUGCAACCUCUCUCUAG